CUGGCCCUCCUGAGCAUUGUAGCAAAGUCGUAGCACUCUGGUUCAGUCAAGGAACGUUGCUGAGAAUUCAUCUCGUGAGGCAGUGAACUAUUUUGUGGAGGCGACCGUCGAGUUCGGGCCCGCUGAAAAUCGUAGGGUAAAGUGAUUUCAGGACCUGCGAGGAAACUUAACCCACUAAACGCACAUUAGCACAUAGGGGAAACCCAGUUAGAGUUCAUCAGAGAGAGAACAGGUUCUCACCCCUGAUACCAAUAGUGAUGUCUCGCAGAAGAAGCCGUAGUGCUAGCCCAGUGCGGCACACAACCAACAGCAAUGACCCUCGUGACCUGGAACGGAGGAUUUUUGUGGGAAAUUUGCCAACAACUCUGAUGGACACGAAGGAUUUGGAAGAAGUGUUCAGACCUUAUGGGAAGAUCAAUGCCUUGUCCAUGUUCCGUGGAUAUGGAUUUGUGCAGUUUGAACGAGUGGAAGAGGCCGAGGCAGCGAAGGCGGGACAAAACGGUCGAUUUUAUAAGGGGUAUAAACUAGAUAUAAAUAUGGCAGCGGAGCGGCGACACAAAGCUCAAACCCGGCCGAGCCCUCCUCGAAGGCAUCCGUACAGUGGGUAUGGGGAUGGUAGAGAUGGCCGCCCUCGGUCACGCUCCCCUAUGCACAGCCGGGACUCACGGGAUCACCGGGAUGGCCGUGACCUUAGGGAUCCUCCUCCCCGGGAGCCCCCUCGUGAGUCCUCUAGAGAGCCACGCCCUGGACCUCCCCGAGACCAUGGACCCCCGCGCGAUCACGACUCCCGAGAUCCUGCCUAUGAACGCUACCGGGGCUCCGAGGGACGAGAAAAGGACCCUGCUUUCAGGGAGGAGGGUUAUGAUCGCUACUACCGCGGAGUGGAUGAGUACUACCGCAAGAAGGAGCCAUUCGGGAGAGAGCCUUACAGAGGAGAGGCAUGGAACGGCAGCCGCAGAGAGCCGGAAGAGGAUCGCAUACCAGAAGGUGAGCGCAGAAGGAAUGAGCUCUACAGGCAGUACUACGAGGAGCUGCAGCGGCGUUAUGACACGGAGCGCCCUGUCGACUGCUCGGUCAUCGUGGUUAACAAGCUACAGAAAGAGUAUGCUGAAACAGUAGGCAGGAAGGUGAGAGACCUGGGCAUGGUGGUGGACCUGAUCUUCCUGAACACGGAGGUGUCGCUGUCGCAGGCGCUGGAGGAUGUGGGGCGCGCACACACCCCCUUCGCCAUCAUAAUUACCCAGCAGCAUCAGGUGCAUCGCUCAUGCACUGUCAACAUCCUGUUUGGCACACCACAAGAGCACCGCAACAUGCCCAUGCAGGAUGCCAUGGUGCUGGUGGAGCAGAACUACGUUGUCUACAAGGCGGAGCACCGCGACAAGGAGCGUGAAGAGAUCGCCCGCAAGGCCGCCAAGAUGGCCGAUGACGUGCUCCUUAGGGAGCUUGACCAGGAGGCUCACCCAGUCUCUCUGCUGUCCACAGUCACACUGCUCUCAGAGAACAGGUUCCUAACCCCAGAGGAGCUUGACCGCCUCAUUGAGUACCUUAGGGACAAACGGGAGCGUCUUGUCAGGGGCAGCGCUGAUCCCCAUGCUGGUUCCCACGCUGUGCACACUGCCCCCGCGAUGACCCACGAGGCCAUGCCCCCUGCCCAGCCCAUGGCCAUGCCUGCCGUCUCUCACCAGCCCCCUACCCACCAGCCCUCGCCCGCCCCCUCUGCCAACCACCAGCAGGAGCUGCAGGCCAAGAUCCUCAGCCUGUUCAACAGCGGGGCCGGGAGCUCGGCAGCGUCCCCUACUGUCGGUGCGGCUGGGCCUUCCCAGCCCCAGGGCUACGGCUCCUCCAUGGGCACCCAGCAGGCCAGCAUGCCACCGUCCCACGCCAGCGCGGGCAUGGCCAAGAUGAGCCCCACGCCGUCGUCAGUCAUGGGCAUGCGACCUCAGCCGCGCCCGCAGGGCAACCUGCCCCCCGCUGGCUACGGUCCCCCCACCGGCCGCAUGAUGGCCCCCCAGGGUGCUCCGAGGCCCCCUGGCCUCUCCACGGGGACGGGCAUCAACUUUGACAACCCCAGUGUGCAGAAGGCCCUGGACACCCUCAUCCAGAGCGGCCCGUCCAUCAACCAUCUGGUAAACUCAGGCAGCGCACCACCGGCUGCCCCUCGGCCUGGCAUGGGUCAGGGCAUGAGCCCUGGCAUGACUCAGGGAAUGGGACAGGGGAUGCCCAUGUCCCACUACCCCCGCCAUUACUGAACGGAACCCCAGACUGGGGCAACAGAUAAGGACUGGACUGUAGCCAGUUGAAGGUGAUUUUUGGUUUUUGUUUGUUGCUAUUUAUCCUGUCUGAAAUGGUUAGACGCCUUGGCUUGUGAUCGACUCUGGUACUGGUCUGAGCCUGAUGUGUUCUUCAUUUGUUUCAGAGAUGACUCGGUGAUCGGUUUUCUCACCCCCCCUCCCCCCAAGCUGUUUGUAAAUGCAUUUUUUUUAAAGAAAUAUUCCUUUUCCAAGCCUGCAUUGAUGUGUAUUUUUAAUUUAAUGUUUUUUUUAAUAAAUGGGGAAGAAAAAAAAAAGAAAAUUCAGUUUACUAGUGACUUCCCCGUUUUGUCAGCAAUUUUCAUAGGAGUUUGACUUCUGGCAACUAGAUGAUUGCAUGUACAGAAUUAAUUUACUGUGAGCCCUGAAUAUAGGCAAUUUUGACAAGUAAUGUUGCUUUUAUACAUUUUUGUGACUUUGUAAAUAUUUGAAGAUCUCCAGUGUCACUAAAAUAAAAAGUGUGAAGGA